UCUCAAUCAAUCAUGACUACGGCUCUCAUCUUCGGUCCCACAGGCGCAGUGGGCUCUCAAAUCCUAGACACGCUGCUUUCGUCUCCUUCUCGCAUGUCCCUCACAACCAUCUCGCGACGCGCCUNNCCACAGACACAAACUCAACAUUCAAACUUCCAACCUAUAGUGGAGGCCGACACUGCGAAAUGGGGUCCUCUGAUCGCUACACUGUCGCCAACUCCUUCGGUAGUCUUCAAUGCAGUCGGCACCACCUACGCCAGCGCCGGAUCCGUUGCCGCACAAUGGGCAAUCGACCACGAUCUAUGUGUCGAAAACGCAAAAGCCGCAAAGACUGCCGGCGUAAAGACAUAUGUGUAUUGCUCGAGCGCAGGGACCAGCGGCUCACUAAGUCCAUUCGCGCUCACACCGUAUGCGAGAAUGAAGAGGGGUGUGGAGAAUGCCAUCAAAGAACUUGACUUUGACAAUGCGAUUAUUCUGCGACCUGGGAUGAUUCUGGGAAGAGAGAGUCCGAAGAACAAGUGGCUUGAGGAUAUAUUCGACGGGUUCAAGAAGAUCUCGCAGGGCUUUCAGGAUAAAUGGGCACAAGAUCAGAGCAUCAUUGGAAGGGCGGCAGUAGCUGCUGUCAAGACAGUAGAAGACGGCAAGGCUCCAGAAAAGUUUUGGGUAUUAGAACAAGCAGACAUUGUAAGGCUAGGAAGGGACGAGUGGAAAGACUAA